UGGAGAAUAUUGGAUUUCAGUUGACAUGAUACAUGUGGCCCACAGCUCAUGUUCCCAUACAGGACUCUCUGACUCAGAAGACAAAUAUCAGUCGCUGAGAACCAUCAGAAUGGAUGUCAGGGAACUGGCAAUAGGAACUGCCUACUUAUCCCAGACUAUAGUUGGAACCCUGGGGAAUUUCUCUCUUCUUUAUCAUUAUACCAUCCUUUACUUCAUGGGGUGCAGGUUACGGCCCACAGAAUUGAUUCUCACACACCUAUUUGUAGCCAAUUCCAUGGUCCUUCUCUCUAGAGGAAUCCCCCAGACAAUGGUAUCUUUUGGGUGGAAAGGUUUUUUCAAUGAUUUUGCAUGCAAGCUUUUUACCUAUACUUCCAAAGUGGGCCGGGGUGUGUCGCUUGCCAGCACCUGCCUUCUAAGUAUCUUCCAGGCCACCACCAUCAGGCCCAGGAACUCCAGGUGGGCAGGGCUUAAGGGAAAAACUCCCAAGUACAUUGGCCCCUCUAUUUUCAUGUGCUGGAUAACACAAAUGCUGGUAAAUAUCAUUUUUCCUAUGUUUGUGAUUAGCAAAUGGAACAACACAAAUAUCACAUCCAGAAAAGAUUUCGGAUACUGUACUUCUGUUCGUCACGACAAAACCAGAGACUCCUUGUAUGCAGCAUUGUUAUUUGUCCCUGAUGUUGUAUGUUUGGGGUUCAUGACCUUGGCCAGCGGCUCCAUGGUUUUCACCCUCUACAGACACAAGAAGCAGGUCCGACACAUUCAUAGGAACACUGUCUCUUCCAGCUCCUCUCCUGAGUCCAGAGCUACCAAAACUAUCCUUCUCCUGGUGAGCACCUUUGUCUACUUUUACACCUUCUCCGCCAUCUUUCACUGUUAUUUGGCUCUUGCUGAUAAGCCCAAUUGGUGGCUGGUGAACACCUCUGCACUAAUCCAUGGAUGUUUCCCAACUGUCAGCCCCUUCCUUCUCACGAGCCGUGUCUCCAGUGUCUGCAGGCUGUGUUUUGCCUGGAGAAGAUAGACAAAACUGCCCACACCUUUCGGAGACAUGGGAACAGCAUGUUUUUGCGCAACGUUCAGUUGUUUACUCACUCAUCUUCCCGUCAUCAUUUGAUGCACAAUUAUGAAAGUGUUGCAUUGCAAGAGCUGACUUCUGCUCCCACAGAAAGAAUCAAAUGUAAUAGCAUUGGUAAAGGAAAUGUCACGUAAUGA